UUCCCCGUCCGGGCAGGGCGGAAGCAGGAGGCGUCAAGUGGGAGGGUACUUCCGCUAUUGCGUCUUCCGCAAGAUGGCGGCCCCCGUGUCUGUUCAGGUGGAGUUCGGAGGCGGAGCAGAGCUCUUAUUUGACGGUGUAAAGAAGCACCAGGUGACCUUACCCAGUCAAGAGGAGCCUUGGGAUAUCCGAAACCUUCUCAUCUGGAUAAGGAAGAACCUGUUAAAGGAGCGGCCAGAGUUAUUUAUCCAGGGAGAUAGCGUGCGACCAGGGAUUCUGGUACUAAUCAAUGAUGCUGACUGGGAGUUGCAGGGUGAAUUGGACUACCAAUUACAGGACCAAGACAGCAUCCUCUUCAUUUCCACACUACAUGGUGGUUAGAGCAUCUAUCCUCCUCCAUCCUUCAGUUCCUUCAGCUCCCAGGGACCUUCAGGGCAGAAAACAUCCAAAAUGGGGGAACAAUAGAGACAGAAAUCCUCCCCCCUCUCCUCCUUCCCCCACAGCCGGAGCAUGUGGGACAACAAGCUUGCCAUGACUUUGUCUUCAUGAAGAAGGACCAGCAGCAAAAGAGACCCAGGCAGUCCUGCUCUCCUGCCUCUUCCCCUUGCUGCAUUCUUCCCACUCCCUCUCCAGCCUUAGCAGCUUUCCCUCCGGGAAGGGAAAUGAGGCCAGGUACUAAAAAUGUGCUGCUUACAGCUCGUGUACUAGUGGAAGAAGCUACUACCACCUCCUUCCCCCAAAUGGGAGGGGGGCACAGCUUUGCCAAGAGACCUGCCCCAGAUUGCUCCCUUCUGUAAUCUGUGCCCCCAAGGGAGGUAGUAGCCCUUCUGCCCCCACUACUCUGCAGGCAAGUUUGUGAGCUCUGAACCUCUAUGUUCCCACCUCGUAUGGCACUGUUCCAGUAUUCCAAACUGUGUCAUCUUGAGCAAGUCAUUCAUCACCCUGAGUUUUAGUUUCCUGCUCUGUGAAAUUGCCUUUUGGCAAUUUCUAAGGACCCUUUCAAGCUCUAGAAUUCUGACUGAGAUUCCUUGCCUCAGUUUCCUCUCUCAGAAGCAAAGGGCUCCACCUGCUUCUUCUAGUGUCAUUACUGAACCACAGCUGGGGGCCCCUAUUCAGUGCUGCCUCUUCCUCCUCCUUCUGCCUGGAUGCCCCCAGCUGCUCCAACCUUGCUCCUCUGACUCCCCUAGCCCUUGACCUAGGCCUGCCCUAUAGUAUAGAGGCUACCAGAUGGACUCCCCCAGAGAUAAAAAACUGCCUGAAGACACCUGGGCUCUGUGCCUCACUGGGGAGGGCUUUGGGUCGCUUCCUCGUGCCUCAGUUUCCUCUCCAGUGCCUAGGAUUUUACCAUUGUGAACUGAGGUGGUGCCAGAAAACCAGGGCACAAGAAACUGCUUUGUGACAUAUUUGGGACCUCCAGCUUCUCGCCCCACAGCAUGCAGACCCAUCUGGAAGCCAACAUGGCGGUGCUUGUAACAGCCGGCAUUGGGCAAAUAAAGGCUUUCAUGCCUGUC